AUGGGCCGCAAAGAAUUCAUUCAAGAUGUCAAGACGCUUAAAGAACAUUUUCGUGGCUUAAGUUCUAAAAGUGCUGCCUUGGUAAAAGACUUUGAUUUUCAAGAUCCGGAAUUAAGUUUCAAAUUUACAUACAAGACUGGAAAAUCGUUCACUGUACAGAACUUUGUCAAUGAUUCAUCUUUACAGUCUUAUCCAUCUUCGUUCAGUGCAUUUAUAUGUGUGGACAAUGCAAAUGAUGAUGAAUCUAAUACUGCUGCAAAGUGCUUAUCUAACGUUUGCAUCGAUAAAAAAUCGGUGAGCGAAGUUGUGGCAACUAUCGUAUCUAAACUAUGCGAACAUUUCAAGAUUUCUCUUCCCAAAGAACUCUCUAUGAACUCUUUAAUUAAAUUUGCUCGCUCUGCUGGAGGCACUUCAGCUGCAAAGCCUACACCAUCGACAGUUCAGACUCCAAUUAUGAUGCUAAAUCGAGAUUUGGUUGAGUUGAAACAUUUUAAAUAUAAUGCUGAGCUGCUUUGUGCAGAUCAAAUAGGCUUCAAAGUGGCCGUUUCGACGCCGGUAGCUCGACUUGGGUUGAGUUCAGAGGCUUACCUACAAAGUGCAAUAGCUGACGCUUUCCAAGCGAAAGCAUAUCUUAUUAAAGAAGGUGGUUAUCAAGCUAUAAAAGAAUCGUUGAAAAAACAAUUUCCUAUUCAAUUCACCGUAUUGACGUCGUCAUUACCGAGAGGAGUACCAAGUCAAUCACAUCAUAAAGAUGACACUUUGGAGAGCGAUCAUUUUGUGCUUUCUUGGACCUUAACAAGGCUUUUAAGUGAUAAAUUCUUUGAUAUGUUAUGUGAUCGAAUGUGGUUUGGAUGUGGCUGGUCUGGUGUCGAGUGGGCAGAUCUUAAGCGUAAUAAAGAUUUAGUUCAUGAUUUUCUCAAUAAUGGUGAACUUAUUUCUGAACAAAUAGAAGAAUGUUUAGCUAAAGAUGAAGAACAACAUGGUGUUUUAACCUAUCUUGAAGGUGAACAUAUUGAAAAGGCUACUGAAUCUACAAAUCGAAAUUUUCUUUUAUUGGUUUUACGGUUCCUUCGUCGUAGAAUUCUUCUUUCAACAAAAUAUUGCCUGACAUGUCAUUUUCCCCAUAUGGAGUCUGUGUCAUCUAUUAGACCUUUUGUUUGUGGAACUGCAUUGUGCCAACAUCAAGCACUUGUAGGCCUUGGCAAUCUUUUUGAAGCGGUUUUGGUGAAUAGUCCUGUUGUCGUAGAUCUAUUGAUAUCUUUAUGUUACGUCGCGAUAAGUAGCCAUAAUCUAAGUCCAUUUCCGUCCAGGGCUAUAGGUAUCACUACUGUAACAAAGUAUGAUAUUCAAAAUUCAUUGGUUGUUGAUUGGGAUACCAAUCAAGGUACGAUUGGUACACGUAUUGAUGCUGGAUACGCAGUUUAUGGGUGGAAAGGGUUCGAUAGUCAAGUGUUGGAAAAUGAUAAUUUGGAGGUAUUUCAUCCAGAGACAGGUCAACCUUUUGCCGUUAAUCGAUGCAGUCACACCACCACUGUACGUGUAUUGGAAGUUACAUCAACAUACCUGGUUACCGACUUUCCAAUUGUUGUACCAAUUUCGGCUGUUUCUAGUCGACAUGUAUAUUUACCUUUCCGCGUUUAUCGUCGAAGUGAAAAAAAUUUUUUGAACUUGGAUGGACAACCUAAUUACAGCCUUUUACAAAGUGUUAUCGAUAAGUUACCACAAGUGAAUGAAAUGGUGAAAUAUGCAAAAAAAAAGACUUUGAAGCAAGAGCUAGAUAAGCUGGACACUUUAUGUUUCCCACUUUUAUCAUGGAUAAUUUCUUCCAAUCGUACACAUUUGCGUUUAUUAGAAUCCGAUGAGGAAAAAGUUCAGUUCAAUGAAACGUCAUCUGCAUAUGGAAAUUGGAAACAAUUUAUUAUGAUAAUGAGUUCUCCUGAGAAAGAAGAAACUUUCCAAGUUGAAAAGGAUAAAUUAAAAAAAGAAAGGCGGGGACAAACUUUGGGUGAAUUAUUCGCUUUCCACGGUUCACCACUUCACAAUUGGCAUUCAAUCAUUCGAACAUCACUUAAUUGGAAAAAAGUUGUACAUGGAAGAGCAUUUGGGGAUGGAGUUUAUCAUUCCCUUCAAGCUGCAACCUCAGCAUCAUAUGCUGGAGCUUCAUAUCAUCGAUAUGAAACAGGUGUAUGGAAAAAUUCGAUGUUGGUUGUCCAAAAAUGUAUGGCUUUAUGUGAAAUAGUUAAUAGGCCGUCACAGUUCAGAAGCACAAAUCCUCACUUGGUAGUUCAGGAUGAAAAUUGGAUUACAACUCGUUAUCUUUUUGUUGAGUGUUUGAGAGAUCCAUCAGAUCCUAAUAACGAAAAUGAAGACGAAGAUUGGACACCAACUUAUCAACCGACCCCUGUAGUUCCUUUAUAUAACAUGACCCCAUCGUUUGCCACAUCAAUAUCGAAUUCGCUAUCUAACGUUCUUAUUAAUCGUCGAAGAGACAACACAUAUAUAACGUUAGAUAGUCAAUAUUAUCCGAUGUGGUUCAAUAAUCAACCAUUGCAAAUUCCUAAACGUGACUUUUCCAUAAUCUAUAAUGAAUUACCAAAAGGAAGUUCGGUCGACGUAGGUCAAUUUAUUUACAAACCGGAUGCCCAAGAUAUGAUAAAGGAAACUGAAGAAAAGAAUGAAGACAAGUUUGACAUCGAUGAUGGCGACGGUUUUGACCUUAGUUUGUUGCCUCUUCCUGCGGAAUCAUCUAAAGCGGCUACACAACGUAUUUGCCGUGAAUUAAGGUCUAUUAUACAUAGACAAAGUGAACCUUCUAAUGAUUUUGGCUUUACUGUUAAUACCGAACAAUUACAGUCUGUUUAUCAAUGGGUCGUCCAACUUAAAGAUUUUGAUCCUUCUCUUCCCUUGGCACAAGAUAUGGCCAGGAAUAAGGUAAAAACAAUCGAUUUAGAAGUAAGAUUUGCACCCGACUAUCCGUUUGUACCACCGUACAUUCGCGUAAUUAGACCAAGACUUUUACGAUUCAUGGAUGGUGGUGGUGGUCAUGUUACUGCUGGUGGAUCAAUAUGUAUGGACCUUUUAACACUUGGAAACGCGCUAGAACGCGGCUGGUCUUCUGUCUAUACGAUGGAAGCUGUCUUGUUACAAGUUAAAAUGGCUUUAAGUUCGUUGGAUCCAAAGCCUGCGAGACUCGAUCGUCAUUGGAACAACGAAUAUACACCUGGGGAAGCUAUUGAUUCGUUUAUAAGAGUUGCAAAUAAUCACAACUGGACCAUUCCACCACAAUGGUCCACUUUGUUUGGCCGCUAA